GCACAGGACACCCAGCCAAAGACAGCCAGACACUGACAGCAACUGACAAGAGCCCGCCCCGGGGGGGGGGCGGCCAGUCUGGGAGUGUGGGAGUGUGGGAGUGUGGGAGCUGCUUGCUGCUCCUGCUGCUCCUGCUGCUCUUGCUCCCCUACCGCUGCCGCUGCCGCUGCCUCUGGAACCUGGAACCUGCAAUCACUUCCGUUUCCAUUUCCCAGGCGCCCACCCUGCACCCACACACCACACCUCAAUCUGGCGUACCCACGCCAUCCAUUUUAAUUCUUUCUCCUGCCUACCUCCUACUCCUUGCCAACCUCCCGCGCAUCAGAACUGCCGCGACAAUCCUCGACUCUCGACUCUCCAUCGCCUUCCUUUCGCCUUGGACCCAGCCAACACCAUCCGAUUUUCCGGCGACCGAAUUGUUGGCUCCACGAACAAGACCCUCCCCCAAUUGAUCAAGCCGCCCCCGGACGUUUUAAACAACACCCCCCCGGACGAACUUGGGCAUUUUGACUCCCAGCUUGGCGCUGGAACUUGGACUGGGAUCGCCGUCUCUUCUUCAAACAAGCACAACCACACUAGAGGGUCCCGACUCCAUCUUCUGUCCCGGAACGCCAAACGCACCUGCAUCCGCCAACACCCCAUCAUCGUCCUUCACCUGUUCCGACCACUGUUGUUCGAUAUAACUAGUUUCGGUUCUUGUCAAUACUGCAGACCUGGGUCGUCUCGGUUCUUCUUAUCGCACCUGCAAUGGCUUCCAAGCAGUUUCUGAGAGAGUACAAAUUGGUGGUUGUCGGCGGUGGUGGUGUCGGUAAAUCGUGUCUUACGAUUCAAUUGAUCCAAAGUCAUUUCGUUGAUGAAUACGACCCAACAAUCGAGGACUCCUACCGAAAGCAAUGUGUCAUUGAUGACGAGGUCGCGCUGCUCGAUGUCCUCGAUACCGCCGGCCAAGAAGAGUACUCGGCCAUGCGAGAGCAAUACAUGCGGACGGGCGAGGGCUUCCUGCUUGUUUACUCCAUCACGUCCCGCCAGAGUUUUGAAGAAAUCACAACCUUCCAGCAACAAAUCCUGCGGGUCAAGGACAAGGACUACUUCCCCAUGGUCGUUGUGGGAAACAAGUGCGAUCUAGAGGGCGAGCGAGAAGUUACUAGGCAAGAGGGUGAGAACCUGGCAAGGUCAUUCGGCUGCAAGUUUAUCGAGACAUCAGCAAAGUCCAGGAUCAACGUCGACAAGGCAUUCUACGAUAUCGUCCGCGAAAUCCGACGCUUCAACCGUGAGAUGCAAGGAUACUCAACCGGCAGCGGUGCCUCUGCACCAAACGGCGCCGUCAAGCCAAUGGACGUCAGCGAUAACGAUGCCGAGGCAGGGUGCUGCGCCAAGUGCGUGAUAAUGUGAGGAGCUUCGGAUCUGCAGCGGCGCAGAACGAGAUUUCGAGGGGCCAGAAGGCGUCGUCAAGAGGAGAGAGUAUCGGAAGGUCAAGGAAUGGGACGCACUGAUUCUUAACGAGUCAAUCGACGGUAACGUCCAAGCUUGAUACGACGACAUAUUUGCAUAAGGCUGGGGAGUCGAGUUCCCUUCCAGACGAUAUGGACGCACAUUGGCCAGCAUUUCUGGAGGAGUUGACGCGCGCGAACUCGGACUCUCAUGGGACACGACAGGGCAUGGCCUCGAUUUGAUUUUCCCCUUCUCCUUGUCAACCGGAGACGCAUAUGGACACUUUACAGAACUUUUUAUUUACUAUUACCCAAGGUCACUUUGCCAAGUUGUUUUUCUUUUCUUUUUUUUAAAGGAGGGGUUUGUCCUAUCUGCACCGAAAACUGAAUCUUAUAUUAUGGUUGCUAUCCCGACCUGUAAUCUCCUUCGUCUGCCUUCCCUCGUCAGUGGACCAUUGGCUCUCGCGUAUCAAGACGUUAUAUUCCUCUCAGGAGCUCUAUAUGUAGGGGCCGGCAUAUCUCGACCUGCAAAGAGUGUUAUCGAAAAUCGAGUGCAAGAAAUUUCCCCAUCAAGUCUGACCCAAGCCGCUUGUGACACCGUCCUUGAAGUCGAUUGUUCCAUGUCUCAAAAAGGUGGUCAAUAGCUCCUUUCUGGGCGUUUCCGGCAAUGACUAUCGCUGCCGGUAUCUCGGUGACAUCACAUCACCUCAGGCUUACGAUUUAAAAGCCCGUGGGAGAACAAAUCCUGAGUCCACCGCAGGUAGUUCUGUCUCAGAGGCCUGCAAACCUCAGGGGUCAGAGGCAAAUUGCCAUCGCCCGCCUUUCCUUGGGUGCGCAGAUUCCUCCAGAUUGACUGCCUCCAUAAGAGAAGGCGCAGCUUUUCCAGGUCUUCGCCCAACCUGAUAUUUCCUGUUUGGCAGAAGAUAGAGCAAGCACAUUACCCAAGAGAUUCUCUCACAAGUAUCUCCUGGCCGAACCAAGAUAUCAACCUUCUGUGCCAACACAGGAAUCGCAUUGCUCUGAUGGCAUGGAAACAAGUUCUUGAACUCCAUUCUGAUAGGCUCCAAAAUUGAAAGAGGCGAAGGCUCUUUGCAAAAUUUCGAUAUCACUCUUCUUGGUCCA